AUGUCGUUGAUCGAACUUCAAAUUCCGAAGUUGGUGGAAGAACAUUCUUCGAAUCAGCCCCCACUACCAAGUCCUAAAGCAGCCACAUCUCUGAUUUUCGACGCAUCUAUUUCUCAACAUGAAAAAGUCAUACCAAAUGAAUUCGUCUGGCCUGACAAUAUUGAUGAGAGACCUAGCCUUGAAUCGUCGCAGCUUCUACUCCUUCCGUCUGUUGACAUGGGAGAAUUCCUUUCCGGAGAUCCAACCGCCAUUUCCAAUGCGACACGCCUCGUCGACGAGGCGUGUAGGAAGCACGGUUUUUUUUCUGUGGUAAACCAUGGAGUCAAUCUCGAUCUCGUUAGGGAAAUGGGGGAGGAAAUCCACUUAUUUUUCGGUAUGUCGCUAUCGGAGAAAAUGAGAGCGGAGAGGAAACUCGGGGAAAGUUAUGGUUAUGCUAGUAGUUUUACCGAUCGCUUUGCUUCCAAUCUCCCAUGGAAAGAAACACUUUCGUUGUCAUUCUCCGCACAUGACAACCAAUCUUCGACAAUGGUCGAGAAUUUCUUCUUAAGAAAAAUGGGAGAAGAUCAACGACGGUUCGGUAAAACGGCUCAGAAAUACUGCGAAUCGAUGAAUGCAUUGUCUCUCGAAAUCUUGGAGCUCUUGGGCAUGAGCCUUGGGAUCAACCGAAACCAUUACAGGGAAUUUUUCGAAAAGAACGAUUCCUUAAUGAGGAUAAACUAUUACCCGAAGUGUCAGACGCCUGAUAAGACAAUGGGCACUGGUCCACAUUCCGACCCGACUUCCCUAACCAUUCUCCAUCAAGACGAAAUUCCAGGCCUUCAAGUGUUUGUGGACGGGAAAUGGUUAACCGUUCCACCAAACCCUAAUGCAUUUGUAAUCAACAUUGGCGACACUCUCUGGGCACUAACUAAUGGGAUUUACAAGAGUUGUCUUCAUAGAGCAGUGGUGAACAAUACAACUGUGAGGAAGUCUAUAGCAUUCUUCCUCAACCCCGAUAAGAAUAGAACCGUUAUCCCACCAACUGAUCUGGUGAACAAGGAGAAUCCAAGGUUGUACCCGGAUUUCACAUGGAAGGAAUUAUUCAAGUUCGUCCAGACGCACUAUAGGUCUGAUACGAAGACCCUGGAUGCCUUCGCAACAUGGCUAGAAAACAAUAAAGAUGAGUAG